GCGUUCCGUGGCGGAAUACCCGCGGUUGGGCUCUGUGUUAGUGACGUACGUGAAAAGUAUAAAAGCCGAAGAAUCCCUCGAGUCCAGCAUCAGUUUUGUAAAUCGAUCUGUUACCUCGUCACAGAGCAAGCCAAUCCUUCGGUCUCAACAUGAAGUACCUGCUCGUUACUCUUGCCCUCGUCGCGGUCGCUGCUGCUCAUCCUGAAAGGGAACGUCGCAGCGUUUUGGGACUUCCUCUGGUUGGGCCUGUUGUUCCAGGCACCGUUGUAGUUGGGCCUCAAGCUGGUCCAACUGCCGUGAUCGGACCUAGUGCCGGAGGUGCUGUUAUUUCUGGCGUCUCUCCAGCUCUAGUCGCUGGUCCAGUUCCUGCCGGUGCAGUCAUCGCUGGUCCUUCCGGGACUGUGGUUUCUUCGGGAGUUCCUGUGGGAGCUGCCGUGGUAGGUCCUCAAGUUUGGGGAUGGUAAAAGGAUCGAGCCUUCCUGCAAACCUACCCCGUCUGGACGCUCGCCGUGGCUCAAAUUGGAAUAGAAAAAUUACGUGGGAAAAUUCAUUUGGUCCAUCUUAAGAAAAAACGAAAAAAAAGGAAAGCUAUUACUCCAUCGAAAAUAAUGAUAUAAGAUAUGUCUGGCGACGAUAUAUACAUACCUGCUACCUCUCGAGAAUGACUAUGAACUAUAUGUUUUUCCAAUUUUAUCUCUUAAUUUCUUUAAAGUUUCAUGAAACCUGUUAUACACGUGUACGCCGAUAAUUAACAAUAAAAAGAUAUGCUGCUCUGAAA